AUGGAUACUAUAAUGCAAGUUGGAGGAUUUUCUAAUUUAUCUAAUUUAAUACAUAUUAAUGAAAAGCAUAAUUUUCAUAUAACUGAAAGUUCUAAUACAACAACUACAACAACUUCCAUAUCUAUGUCAACAUUACAAACAUCAACAAAAUUAACUAAAACCUUAAAUCACUAUUCUAUAUUAUCAGAAAUGAAUCAAAGAAAUAAUUAUCAUAAAUUAAAAUUACAAGAACAAUAUCAAUCUAAUCAAAAUAUAAGUGAUCAUCAUCAUCAUAAUAAUAAUAAUAAAAAGGAUAAACGAACUAGACACACUGAGGAUAAUAUUCACGAUCCAUCCUCUAUGAUCAAUAAUAUAGAUAAUAGUAAUGAUAAUAGUACUUAUGAAAAUGAUGAUCUAAAUGUUAAAGAUGAUGAUAUGGAUGAUGAUGAUGAUGAUAUUGACGAUGAUAUUGAUAAUAAUAAUAAUAAUAAUAAUAAUGGCGAUGAAGAUAGUGUUGAUAUUGAACAUUCUAUUAAGAAUUUUAAUAAUAACAAUAAUCAAAAUAUUCAUUUAUUAAAUACUCCAAAAUUAAUUACACAAAUGUAUAGAAAUACUAGUAGAAAGAAAAUUUCACGUUUAGAUAUAAAUAAUGAACAAUUAUAUCAGGGAACACCGACGACAACAACGACACUGAUGACGACGACAACAACAACAACACCGACAAUCACUGAUCAAUAUUCAUCAAGUCACGAUAUUAAACGGAUAACAACUUAUCCUACAUCUAGUAAGUGA